GGGCGGCGCCGGGGUCGCCGCUCCCGGGCCGGGGUGCAGGGGCUGGGGGCCGGGAGCCGCCUGGGGCGGACGCCGGUUCUUGGAAGGGGAGAUGAGCUUUCGCCGUAACUGGGGCUCACGCAGGAAGCCGGGGGCUGCGGGGGGCGGAAACCCAGCCACAUCAAGGGCGCGCGGCAGGGGCGGGGAGGCCAGAGGGAGGGCGGGGAGGGGGCCGCAGGGCGCCUGUCCGAGAGCAGCUCUUCCGUCCCCUCCAAGACCCGGCCACAGGCAUGAGGGGCCCCGGGCCGCGAUGACAGUGCUGGCGCCAGCCUGGAGACCAUCGUGCCCCCUGCUGCUGCUCCUACUGCUCCUGCUGCUGAGCCCCCGCUUGCACGGGACCUCCAGCUGCUCUUUCUCCCACAACCCCAUCUCCUCCGACUUCAAAAUCAAAUUCAGCACACUGUCUGACUACCUGCUCAAGGAUUAUCCAGUCACUGUGGCCGCCAACCUGCAGGACGUGAGUCACACAUGGGCAGGGCCUGGGAUGGAGGUGGGAAGCGGACUGCAGAGACAGCACCUGCGGGACCAGGAGCAGUUCUGUGCGAAGCUCUGGCACCUGGUCCUGGCCCAGCGCUGGAUGGAGCGACUCAAGACGGUGGCUGGGUUAAAGAUUCGAGAGCUCCUGGAGACUGUCGACACGGAGAUUCACUUUGUCACCUCAUGUGCCUUCCAGCCCCUCCCCAGCUGCCUCCGCUUCGUCCAGACCAACAUCUCCCACCUCCUGCAGGACACUGUGGCUCAGCUGGAGGCCAUGAAGCCCUGGAUCACCCACAGGAACUUCUCUCAGUGCCUGGAGCUCCGGUGCCAGCCCGACCCCUCCACUCCAUUGCCCCCAAGGAGUCCCGGGGCUUUGGAGGCAACAGAGCUGCCCACCCCGCCAUCCCACUCCCUGCUCCUGCUGUUGCUGCUGCUGCUGCCCGCCGCCCUCCUGCUGCUGCUCGCCUCCGUCUGGUGUUGGCAGCGGAGGCCGCGAUCAAGGUGCAGGGCGCCAGGCCCCCAGGAGCCGGUGCCCCCUCCCUGCAGCCCCCAGGACGUCCCGCUCCUGCAGAGCUGAGCUGCCCAGCACCUGGUCCUGAGAAGGACGCUGAGGCCUGGGUAGCGGAGUCACCUGCCAGAGGACACCAGAGCACAGCGGAAGUUGGCUGCAGGCUGGUGCCUUGCUUGUCACUGCUGCCGCCCUGGCGCUCUUCCCAGGACGGAGGCAACGCCAGGACACAGCCCUGGCCCCACUCACCCCACACUGUACAAAGCCCUUGUCCUCAGAAACCUGUACAUAAAUCGUUCUUUUCUACCAGC